AUAAAGGGGACAUGGUGGCCUUAGUCCUGCACAAUUUACCGCUUUCCUCUCGCUGUUCCCUAAGCUACGUCUAAAACGGCUCUGCCAGAAUCCAGAGCCCUUGAAAGAGGAAGAAAAACCCUAAUCUUUUUAUGCCCAUCUGCUUGGUCCCAAGAAGGCCUCACACUCUUCUCUAAUGACCAGAUAAAUGAGGAAGAAGAAAAAGACAAUGGAAGCAGGAGAGAGGGCGCAGUCCCACCGGAGCGGCGGCGGAGGACGGGGGAGCGAGCUCUUCAUCUGCUUCACCGGCCGUCAUUCAUCCUCCGCCACAUCCGCCUGCGCCGCCACCGCCAUGAGAACCCCCUCCUCCAAGUCCCUCCUCAGCCCCGGCCGCGGCCGGGACCCUGCGGCGCCAUCGCUGUCCGCGUCGCUGAGCAGACGCCUUCGGAGCAGCGGGAGCCUCAAGGGCGGCCAGUCCCCGAUGUUCCCCGCCGGGGUGGCGACAGGCGGCGGCGGUGGGAGGAGGAAGGGGUGCGCGUUCGAGGCCGCGGAGCCGUCGUCCCCCAAGGUGACGUGCAUCGGCCAGGUGAGGGUGAAGAGCAAGAAGAAGAAGGCCAAGGCGAAAGCGGCGGCGGCGAUGGCGAGGUCGAGAUCGAAGAGGGGAAGCAGAAAAGAAGCGAGCUUUAGGAGGACGGAGGAGUGCUUGCCGAGAAAGAGCGAGAGGUGGAUGUAUCAGCUGCCGGUGAGCAUCUGCGGGGCGUUGCGGUCUUUGGGAUCGGAGUUCAAUUGCUUCUUCCCAUGCGGAAGCUCACCUUGCUCUUCCUCGAGAACGGGGAAAGAGAAGAGAAAAGAAUGCGAAGAGAAGAGGACCACGAGCUCUUGUGGGCAAGUGCUCGCGAGGUGGCUGAUGGCGAUGCAGGAGGGGGAGGAGGGGAAGAGGGGGAAGGUGGUGGGUUUGGUGCUCGAAGAAAGGGGGAAAGGAGAGGUGGAUCUGGUGAUUGGAGAGAGGGAGAAGAGAGGAGUGGAGGGUUUGGAGCUGGAGGUGGCGAAUGGCAAUGGGAGGGAAAAGAAAGAUGAGGUUUUGGUGGUGCGAGACGAGGAGGAGGGGGAAGCGAGGGUAAAUGUGUGCAUUCCGCCGAGGAAUGCUCUGCUGCUGAUGAGGUGCAGGUCCGAUCCGGUCCGAAUGGCAGCGCUGGCUAACCGGUUUUGGGGUUCUCCAGCUACGAAGGUCGAAGUCGGAGAAGAAGAGGAGGAGGAGGAAGAGGAAGAAGAUGGCGCUGAAGUUGGGCAGCAUCUCUUCGGUCGUGUAGAAGUGGACAGAGAGGAGGCUGGAGCAGAGCGAGAUGAAGAAGCCGCCGCCGCUGCUAAAGUUGGUCCAGAAACAGGGGAAGUAGAUAAAGAGGAGGCAGAAGAAGAGAAAAUCUCCCAAGGUGCAACCUUGGAUGUAGGUCUUGAAGAAAUGGGAAGCUCAGCGGAGGAGGAGAAGCAACAGAGAUCUAGUGAAGAGAAGCAAGAAAAGGAAGGGUCUUCUGCCGACUCUGUUAAUGUUCAGAGGAACUCACCGAGGGAAGAAGCGGUGGAUGCUCAUUUUUUGCCGAAGUCGGAGGAGAUAGUGUUGAAAGAGGAGACCUUCUCGCCGGAAAGAGAAGAAGAAGAAGGAGAAGAAGGGGAAGAGGAGAAAGGCAGAAGGUCCAGCAGCUGCUCUUCUUCCAUGGGGAAGGCAGAGAGGAGAUCCCACAGCCACAAAUGUCUUUCGAGAGCAAAGGACGGAGGGGGGCGCUGCUCCUCUUCCAAAGACAAGCAAAGGAGGCGGCACAGCUUUUCCACGGACGGGGAUGUAAGGAGGCACAGCUACUCCAGCGAGAAAGAAGCGAGGAGAGCCAGCUUCUCCAUUGAACGUAGGAGAAGAUGGAGCUUCUCCAUCGACAAAGGAGACCUCAUUCCGGAAGAAGAGAAUGCCUUUCGUGAAGGGGAGGAGAAGAAGAAAGAAGAAGGUAGCUCAGCAGAGGGAGACGAAGCGAUGGAGACCGAGGCAAUAGAAAAGCCAGAGCCUGCAGAAGUGGGAGAAACCGAAGUAAAUGGAGAAGAAGGAAGAAUAGAAGAGGUGGAUGGCAAGGGAGAGGGAGGAGUUAAAGGUGAGGAGGCGGGGAAGAGGAGAGAGCUGCCGGACUGCCUUCUACUGAUGAUGUACGAGCCCAAGCUUUCAAUGGAGGUCUCCAAGGAGACGUGGGUGUGCAGCACCGAUUUCCUCCGGUGGCGCCCUCACCACCACCGCCAGCACCACCCAAAAGGGGGCGGAGCUGGUGAAGAAGAGAGAGCAAAGACCGAAAAGGUGGAGGGCAGCGAGGACAAGGGCGGUGACAGGAAGGACGUGACCGCACCCCCCGAGCCGGCGGUCCUCCAGGCGUCGCCGCCUCCUCCGCCACCGGCGCCGCCCACCGCGACGGCCGUCGAGCAGAAGUUGAUGAGCGCCGCCGCCGUGCCGAAGCCGGCGGCGUUUGGGCCGUUCGUGCUGACGCGGUGCAAGUCGGAGCCGAUGAGGUCGUCAGCCAGGCUGGCGCCGGACGCGUGCUUCUGGAAGGACCGACAUCGGCCCAUCGGCGCGGCCGGGAUCGGCUUCUGAGCCCAGCCGCCAAGCCUCUGGAUAUUUUGUCGGUUUGUGUGUAUACGGAACUAUGAAUGCUGGUGUUGAUGUGUUACUUGUGUGAUACACUGAAAUUAGCUUCCUGCUGUUGUUGUUGUUUCUCUUUGCGUAUAACUUGAAUAGCAAUAAUAAUUUGUUUGUCACUGGAGACCCCGUGUAGUCGAGCAAUGCUUUAGCUCCUCAUGAUCAUUGUUUAUGCUGAAAAGAUGAACGAAAAGAAACAAAAACAAGUUUUAUUUUGG